AUGGAUCUCGAUGCGGUUUUAGAAGCUCUACACCAGAACUUAUCUGUGUCAUCUCACACAAACACAAGCACAACGGCAGCUUUACUCGGCGGGUUACUACCAACUACCCUUCUCGAAAAUCUCGUUCCCGGAUAUGGCUACAUUCACAAGAUUGUUCUACAAACCGUCGGGUUUGAUAUUACCGUCCUUGUCUCCCUAUGGGCAGCUUUAUGGCUGGGAAACAAGGCUUUCGAUGCAUUUUAUUCAUGGGGAUGGUCAUUCGUAAGAUCGUAUUGGAUGUCUGAUAUCUCUAUUAGUAGCAGAGAUGAAAUUCACAACGAGGUUAUAGAAUUCCUGGCACACAAGUACCAAAUGAAACCCUCUCGCUCCCUUCAGGCAGAAACAGCACGACGGGGAUAUUGGGACCUAGAUAAUGAGGACUCAGUCACCUUGACACAGCUUGACGGAACCGGUAUUAUACAAUGGCUCAAUUUUGCUGAUCAAGAUUCCAAGACUAAGCCACAAUUCACGCCGUCUAUGGGAGCUAGUCAUACUUUUUGGCAUAAUGGUAGAUACUUUAGGGUUAAACGAUCCGAAAAAAUGGUUUUUGCGUCUUCCUCAUAUGGUGACAACCCAGUAUCUGACCAACAAGUGCUGCUCAUAUCUUGUUAUGGUCGUAGCACAAUACCUAUCAAGGAAUUUCUUCAAGAGGCCAAAGAUUAUUCAAAUAGAAAUCACAGUGCAAAGACUGUCAUUCGUCGACCUGCAAACAAGGAGCGUCGAGCAUGGGGAGGCCGAGGCUCUUGGGUUGAGGUGGCGAGAAGACCUUGUCGACCAAUGAGAACUGUUGUUUUGGAUGAGGUUAUGAAAACUAAGGUACUACGUGAUAUCAACGAAUACUUGAAUCCUUCAACUGCUCGUUGGUAUGCCACUCGUGGUAUUCCUUAUCGCAGGGGGUAUCUUUUUCAUGGACCUCCAGGAACUGGUAAAACUUCUUUAACCUUUGCCCUUGCUGGCGUCUUUGGUUUGAAUAUCUACGUUGUUAGCUUGCUAGAGCCUACACUCACAGAAGAAGAACUCGGGAAUCUCUUUACCAACCUGCCACCUAGAUGUAUUGUACUAUUGGAGGAUAUCGACACCGCAGGUCUAACGCGAGUCAAUGAAGAUAAAGUUGAGUCGACUGAUGAAUCUAGUUCUGAAAGCAGCAGCAGUGAAGAUGAAGACGAAGUUGUGACGAAAAAAUCACGAAGAAAGGGCAAGAGCAAGAGCAAGGGUAGACGUAGCAAGGGUAAACGAAGCAAGAAGGGCAAGAAGAGUAAGAAAGAUAACGAUGAAAAGAAGGGGAUCUCAUUAUCUGGUCUCUUGAAUAUCAUUGAUGGUGUGGCCUCACAUGAAGGUCGCGUCUUAGUGAUGACUACCAACCAUCCCGAAAAGCUAGACGAGGCUCUUAUUCGACCAGGCCGCGUAGACUGUCAAGUUGCAUUCACAAAUGCCACUCGUCAUCAGAUUAAAGAAAUCUUCGAGAGAAUGUACACUAAAGACCCGCCGAGGGAGAAACUUAUCGCUACUACCUCACCAGCCACCGAGCCCAUCACCCAAAAAGUACAAGUUCCUAUUGAAAGAGAAGAAGAAGAAACUCCUCUUCUUACCCCACCUUCAGAUGCCUCCAGCCAAGAAACGGAAAAGACAUUUGCAAAUUUAAUUACAAAUUCACUUUCGGGGAAUCGUCCUCUUACACCACCAGAUACUCCUAUCGCCAUUGUAACUGAAACUGAAAUUGGAAACGGGACUGAAAUAGAUGCUACCACUCCCACGGGAAAGAAAACCCUCACAAUAGCUGAUAUUGAGAAGAAUGGCGAAGAAGAAAUCUUGAGAGAGGGGGAACUCAAGAUUUUGGCAAAGCAGUUUUCAGAGCAUAUCGAGGACUAUAUGUUCAGUCCAGCUGAGGUUCAAGGAUUCCUUUUGACGAGGAAAAAGGCACCUAGAAAGGCUGUUGAGGAGAUUGGAGCUUGGGUGCAAGUCACGAAAAAGAACAAGGUGGAGGGGCAAAAGUUUACAUAG